AUGACGGACUGGAGGGCGGAGGCGUCUCGGGUUAUCAAAGCCUUCGAUGACGCGCUUGGACGACCCCCCUUUCCUGUCGACGCCCCCGAUGACCUUGUUAGCAAGGCCGAAGCGGUGCAAGCGACACUUGGCACCGUCGCCGCGGCCGGCAAGCUCGAGUCCCUUGAAGGGGUGAGCGAGGUGACGACGACGUUGCCCAUCCUCUGCGCCUCGCUCAAGGAGGGCACGCCGAACCGCACACCGUGUCUGCGGCUUUAUCGUCCACUGUUGCUGGCGGCCGCCCACGCCAGCUCUCUAUCCACCUAUCCCAUCUCGUACCUUCUAUGUGAUGCAGAGCAGGUGCUGGCUCCUCAAGAGGUCUCUUCACCGACCAGCUCAUCUGUGACGUGCACCCUCGCCAGUGCCUCGACGGCGGCGUCGAGGGAAGUCGAUAGCGAUGACGCAGAGGUGGAGAAGGAGGUGACGCUCUUUGCAUUCAUGGCGCUCACGCACACCUUGACGCCGACCCACAUGCGCCGUUUUCUUCGUUUAGGGGCGCUGGAGCCCCCAACGGCUGGGACCGCUGCCAAUGGCAAAGCGGGGAAAGGCCAAGGAGGCGCCUUACACGCUGACGAUACCGACACCAAGCCGCAUCCUUCUUCUCCAUCAACCACUGCGGCUGGCGCCAAUCGGGCAGGUGAAGUUGGUGGUAGCUACUCCGCUGUGUCACGUGCCCUCUUGCACUCCAUGAUCGAAGCGCCGCUCUCCGAGGAGUGCCGUGCCGUUUUCGAGUCUUUCGUCGACAGCACACCCAAAUUUCUGGCCUGCGUCGCCGGGGACGGAGACCUGGCGCGGCGCAUCUUGGAUGUCUACGCGGGCCACCUCGUUCCGAAGCUGAAGCCGUCUUCGCUGCUCCCCUGCCUCGACGCGCCGCUGCUGGACUACUACGUGGACGUUGUCGCAGCCUCGCAGUGCGCUGGCCACACUACCUUGCUCUCUAGCCGCGAGCUUCGCGACGUAGCGCUUCACGCGUGGGACGCAGCGCGCCUCCGCCGACUUGGCUGCGCAGCAGUGUCGCGGUCUAUCGGCACCGAGGACGCCAUGGCGAGUUUGCUGGUGUACGUAUUUGUGUACCUCAUCUACUGCGACUUCCGUACGGACGAAGCCCCAACGACUCCCCCGCCGUCUCCGCCAGAUACUGCGGAGACGGAGCCACGCCUGUCGGCUACGGAAUCAGACUUGAUUGCUGCCGUCUGCAAGGCAAGCAGGGCGGUCUUUCUCGCCAACAGAGCACCGGCGUCAUGCGCGUCUGCGUCCUUAGCGUAUACGCAGUCCGAGUCGGGUAUUCUCCUGGUGGAAGGGAGCGCUGUGCCGAUGGCGCUGGCGCCUCUGCAGGUCUUUGGGGAUCGUCUUCUGGCUCGACCGGCCGCAGUGGCGCUCUGGCGGAGAGGACUGGUGCCCCAGUUGGAGUGGGGAACGGAAGACGCGACUUUGAUGAUGGCGACAGUCUCAGCGUCGGCAGCAUUGGUGGAGACAAACGUCGUCAGCGUCCUCGAGGGUGUUCUCAGGGGCGUCCCGAGACCAGAUCCAGGUGCCCGCCCAUCCACAAAGCGUGAACAGGAGUCCGCAAAGGGUGGCGCUGCCAAGUCGAAGCGAACGCAGAAGAAGGCUGCCGGUCGAAGCGGCAAAGGCUCUCGUAUCGAUGCCGCAUCGAGCUCAUCGACUGGAGGGCAGCCGAGCGCUGCAGCAGCAGCUGUUCCAGCGCCUAUUCCUCUCUCGGAGCUGCUCUCUGGCUGCUGUACUUGUCUUCUCUUGACGGCGCUGCUGCGUGCUGGCACAGAAGCGUCACGCGGUGAGGGCGGGAGUUCCGUGGAGAGUGUGUGCUAUCAAGACGGACAUGUGCUUGACUGCGUCGUUCGCGCGUACUCCUAUCUGUUGCAGUACCAGUCGCAGCGCCUCAGCGCUGCCUUGUGGCACAACUUCAGCAUCUUCACAUGCUUCGUGUGGCAGUGGGCAAUGACAGCGUUGUGCAGAGACACUGAAGGCGGUGGCGUGACCUACCUUCCGUCUAUGAGGACGCUCCUGAGUGCACCGUCGACGGUAGUGGUGUUGACCGCUCUCACACAGGACACGGGCUGCAUUUUGUGGCUAUCGCCCCUCUUGCUGCCUUCGUAUUUCUCUCCGCCAUCCACGUCGAAUGCGGCUGCGGAGAUGCUGUCGCAGGUGUUGUGGGACUUUCCCUGCCGCGCGCUGUGGAUCGCUAUUGUGCGUGCCGCUGCAAGUGGAGAGAUCGUGCGAGCAGGAGGGAAGACAGCCAGGCAAGCAGCCAAGACCACUUCUUCGCUGUUGAAACAGCAGUUGCACCCGAUCCCUCCCGCCUUUCUGCUGGGUCUGCUGUGCAGUCAGUGGAGCGACGCCGUUGUUGCCGACGUAGCGGAGUGCGUUGCCGCUACCACGGUGGGCUCUGGCGACGGCACGGCGCUGGUGGCCAGCCUGAUCCGCAUGCGCACCUCAAACGCAUGUGCUGGUGAGGUAGCGCUGCCGCCAAGGUGCGGUCUUGCGUUCGAGCGUGCACCGGCUUCCGCUUCCCAGCACGGGCUUCAGCGUUUGCUGGACGAGGUGGGAAGGCUGCAGGCAAAGUACCUCGCCGCAGCGAAAUCGGUGCGGCAGGAGGCGCACGAAGAGAAUCGCCAACGGAUGCAGGAGCAGCUGCAGAGCAUUCACGCGUUAGCUGACGCGCACCGUGCGUUUUGCAAUGCAGCAGAGGCGAAGCGCGCGGCGCGGACUGCUGAGCAGCAGCGUGUGCAAGAGGAGCUCCAGCGUCGGCGCGCCGCCCAUGCCGCUCGCCUCCGUGACGAUGCAGCGGCACUGGAGCGAAAGCGGCAGGUCGCACUCGAAACACUGCAGCGCAAAGCAACGCAGAGCCGUGCAGACGCCGAGGCGGCUCGUCAGCGGCGCUUCGACUCCUAUCGUCGCCGCCUGGAGAGCGAAUACCGCGUAUCGACUUUCCUGGAGCACCUGCAGCUGUCCUCGGCCCGCGUGAUGGAGGUGCGGGAGGCGCUGCGGACCGUCAUGGACAGCAUCACCCCAGAUGACCUUCUCGAGUAUUUAGUCUCUGGAAAGGCGAAGGUGCCCGCGGACAUGCUCGACGGAGAUGACGGUGUGAAUGCUGCCGAUAAGGUUGAGGCCAGGGGCGCAAAUGUGGACCAGAGAACCGCUUCAAGCUGUCAGCGAGCGACAGAGCGCCAAGCACCGAUGUCAGCGCCACCACGUCCCCCAGCCACCGGAGAGCGGCGCGACUUCUGGGCAGAUGUUAUGGAUGGAGCCUCGACCGAUAGAGGGACUGUCUCCCGAGGUGAUGAGGAAAGCAGCUAUCAUCGAAUCAGUGAGGCCGCUCCAGCGCCGGCGAUGACAACGGCAGAUGUUAAUGUGGCUCCCGCGCGCCACAAUCGUUCUUUUCACGCUCGCAUCGCGCCGUUGAUGGACCUCUUCUGCUACGAUGACGGGGACGAGUUUGGUCGUGUCCCUCAUAUGCUGCCGAACCUUUGCCUGCGUAUGGCGUCCCGUGUGUGGCCGGCACCGCGGGUGCAGUCACUCGGCUUCACCGACGUGCGCGACGCUUUUGAGCGGAUGAGAGACCGCGGCCUUGUUCGCAUCCAAGACGACGUUUCGCAGCUCACCCUUCUCGGCUUUCGCUACCACUACCCGUUUCACGACCCGGAUGGGAUGCUUGAGGUACACCUGCGCGAGGCACGAGAACGCGUACGGGCGUUGGUGGAGACACAGAAAGGCUGGCGACGCGACAACGCCGCCGACGAUGAGAGCAGCGAAGGUGACGAGAGCGUGGUCGCCAAAGAAGACGAGGCGAACGAGGAAGAUGAGACGAGUGGGCACCUCCGCGAGGAUCGACUUCUGUCAGAUGUGGAGUUUGGUAUCUAG